CGGCAGUCUUACAGAAUUUCCUUCCUCCAGUCAAUCACUUGAAGGAAACCGCUGAUGUUUUUGCACAGCUCUGCCGACUUGAAUGUUCUGACGGGACGGGAUGAAGGACAUCUUGGUGCUGCUGAUGAUGCUGCUGGGUGUGCACACGCUCAAGCAGGUGUUGUCGCUGCCCUACCAUGUCGAGGCGAACAGAAAGUGCAACAACCCGGAUCGCGAAUACUUGUUGGAGGCUUCGGGCCUAUGCUGCAAAAAGUGUCCUCCCGGUUCGCGGCUGACGCGCGAGUGCAACGGAACAUCAGAAAGCGUGUGUGAGCCAUGUCAACAUGAGCAGUAUAUGGAGAGCUGGAACUACGCACCAAACUGCUUCCCUUGCGCCAAAUGCAAAGCUCACAAAGGCCUGCAGGUUGCCAGCGCCUGCUCCCCCAGCGCCAUGUCCAAGUGUGCGUGUCGACCUGGCAUGUACUGCAUCAUGAAUUCUGAUGAACACUGCACUGCCUGUCAUCAACACACGUCUUGCAAAGCUGGUUAUGAAGUCUUUAUGCCAGGAACGGCUGACUCCAACGUCAAGUGCAAACGGUGCCGUAACGGGACAUUCUCCGACACGUCCUCCACCACGGAGCCUUGUCGGCCUCACACAAACUGUUACGGGAGGCCUGUGCUAAGAGAAGGCACUUCCACGUCCGAUACAGUGUGCAAGCCUGGCCUGUUGCCACACACUCAGACGAGCGUGGUCUCAGGGGGGACUGUGGACCCUUUCUUUGGACCGGCUGUUUUGGAUGGAUCAUUGUCAUCCUCGUUGACAAAAAGCCCAGGAGCUGACGGUGAACUAGCUGCAGCAGUUGCCAGCAUUGUCGUGACAGUUGUGUUCUUUGUCAUCAUCGCCAUCAUUCUCCUGGUUCUUUAUAAGAAAAGCUGGACCAAAGGCACUGCACACUUUAAUACCAAAGACAUCACCAAUGGACACAAUGAGAGUUGCGAUGAAGUCCAAAUUGCGCGUACUUCCUUCGUGGAUAUCUCGCCGAGGGAACAACACUGCCUGCUGCAGAGUACCGAGAUCAGUUCCAGCCACGACUCCGGCGACGACACUGCCUCUUCACACAGCAGCCAGGAGUCCAUUGGAGCCCUGCACCCUCAGCAUUCCCCAUCAGGGUCCAGUGUCCAUUCAUGCACCUUCAGCCCUGUGAGCGCCGGUCCGCAUGUCAAUGUUAAUAUCACGUUCAACAUAGGAGAUGGAGGUUCACCCAUACCACCAGGAGACUUGAAGCUCUGCCUUGGACAGGAGGAAGAGUUCAGUAUGCCAAAGCAGGAAACGGGAAAAGAGUUGCCUGAGCAGGAGAGUGUGGAAUAAAAUGCAUGAAUGCCUCUUAAAGUGGAAUUUGCACACACCAGCAAUCAGGCCUAAUUGAAACAUUUUUGCCCUCUUGUGGUCAAGGUCAGUAAAGGCCAAAUUGAAGAAAACUAAUAGUGUGGGUGUGUGCGUGCGUACGUGCAUGUAAGUGGAAUAUAUUUAUUGUAUGUACUGUAUGGGGAUUAAACAGGUAACCCAAGCUUGCACGUUCAUUCAUAAGCUUUUGGUAAGAUAAUGCUGCCACUUGCUGGAUGAUAGCAGAAACAGCAGCUCUUUUUUUACUAUUAAUGCGCAUUAAAUGCUUAUGGUUUCUUGUUUU